AGAUCAUUGAGAUGACAACAUUACUGAACAAAAUUGCUAAUGAAAAUUAAGCAUUUCAUUUUUCUUCUUUUGCACAAUCUGCUUCUAUAUAUCCAUCUCUCUCCCUCUCUUCACUUCUCACAAGCUCCUUGCUUAUUUUCCUCUCUUCUCUCACUCGACUCUUCACAGAAAAUGUUAACAAAUUUCAAGAUUCCCUUCAAAAUGGAGGGAUGUAUGAACAAGGAAGCCAUAACUAAAACCACUUAUGCAAGCUCAAAGAAGGGCUUAAUGGUUGCCGGGUUGCAAAGCCUGUUACUAGAAGGAGAUAUUUCUAAUGUUGUCACUAAAUCUGCUUUGAAAACACAUCGCCUUCAAGUCCAGGCUAGCUCCAUUGAAUAUUGCUACCUCAAAUCAUGUUACUUAUGCAACAAGAUAUUGAGCCUUGACAAGGAUGUCUACAUGUACAGGGGUGAUCAAGGCUUUUGUAGCAUAGAGUGCAGGAACAGGCAGAUUGUUUUGGAUGAAAUGAGAGAACUAGAAGCGUCUGGCAAGGAAAGAUUAAAAUCUUAUGAGCACUGCAGUACCACUGCCGGUCGGCAUGAGACUCGCCGAGUCCUAGAAGAGCUCCGCCGGAGCCAUAAACCACUUCCUCAUGAAAACCAUUGGACAAUAGCCUCCUAGUCUACAUAACUUUUUCUUUUUCCUAAUUUUCCUUCUGUUUUUUUUUUUUUUUUUUGAGUUUGUACUAAACACAUAAUUCAAUGGAGAGGGAUAAUGUAAAAUUCAACGAAAAAGUGACUAGUGGGAUUUUUUUAA